AUGGACGGGCGAGGCCGUGCACCGCGAACGGGUGGCGAAGGAACGUGCGGGCGUGGGAGGGCCCCUCUCGGCCACCGUCACGCGGGGAGCAACGGGUACUCCUCCCUGGGGGGGGGGGGUGGCGGAGCCACGGCGGCCAUCUUGAGCCCAGGGGCCCGGGCGCUGCGGAGGCCAGGGCUCACGAGAGAAGGCCACCGCGGGCAGAGCUCGCCGGCCAGGGCCGUUGGCACCCGCACCCGCAGAGUCCCCAGAGCCAGAGCCAGAGGCAGAGUGAGGAGUGCGGCGGUCCCCGCCCCCCAGGCCUCACGCCCGCCCGCCUGUCCGCCCGCCCGGCGGCCAGCACGCGCCCCAGCCCGGGCAGCCGACCAGGCCGCGGCCCUGCGCGGCGGCGCCAUGCGCCUCACCCUCCAGGCCGGGCCGCAGCUCACCUUCCACAUCGACAUUGACCCCGGCCAGACGGUGAGGGCCCUCAAGGAGAAAAUUGAAGCUGAGCAGGGCAGAGAGGCCUUUCCGGUAGCGGGGCAGCAGCUCCUGUAUGCGGGCCGCGUCCUGCAGGAUGACGCUGUGCUCAGAGACUGUCAGAUCCCCGAGCACCACGCUGUGACGGUCCUGGUGGCCAGACCCAAGGCGGCGACCACAGCCACAGCCACAGCUCGGCAGUCCCAGCCUGCCACCACAGCCAGGCCCCCUGCCCGUGCAGCAUCGGCUGGUGCUGGGGCCCCAGCGCGCGAACCUGCCUUGCCCGCCACAUCUCCGCGUGCCACGUCCGCGCCUGCCACUUCCACGCGUGGCACGUCCUCGCCUGCCUCUUCCAUGCGUUCCACGUCUGCGCCUGCCACGUCCACGUGUGCCACGUGCGCGCCUGCCACUUCCUCGGGUGCACCUGCCUCCGUGUCAGCAUUCAGUACAGCGUCAACUCGGCCUGCACCUGCUGGCGCACCUGCGUCACAUCCAGCUGCAGGGCAGUCGGCAGGCCCGCCAGGGGCUCCAAGCCCUACACCAGAUGAUGCCAUCGCGGGACCCUCCUCUGGGGCCCAGCUGUCUGAGCAGGCAGCAAGGGCGCUGCUGACACGUCCGUCUUCCGAGCAAAUGGUCGCCGAGAUCGUGUCCAUGGGCUACGAACAGGAGCACGUCCUUGCAGCCCUGAGAGCCAGUUCCAACAACCCUCACAGAGCCGUGGAGUAUCUUUUAAUGGGACUCCCCGGAGACAGGGCAAGUGCGACCGAGAUCGAGCCCUCUCAUGCCGGUAGCCGCAGAGCUGGUCGGUCUUCAGGGGUGGCGGCAGGUGCAGCGGCUGCGACAUCGGGUUCUGGAGGACACCCCCUGGAUGUCUUACGGAAUGCACCAGAGUUUCAAGUGUUGAGACAAAUCAUUCAGCACUUUCCGUCUUUGCUUCCAGGAGUGCUGCAACGCAUAUGUCCACAGGAUCCUCUAUUACGUAGGCAAUUUAGACAAUUCCAAGAUUAUUUGGUUCACAUGCUAACUGCCCCAGUGGAAGAAGCUGGUGAUGAAGAAGGAGGAGGUGGAGGUGGCAGUGUGGGGACCACAGGAUCAUCAAAGGAUUCUAGCUAUGUUGAAGUAACACCUCAGGAACAUGCAGCUAUAGAAAAGUUAAAGGCAAUCGGGUUUCCUGAAGGACUUGUGAUACAAGUAUAUUUUGCUUGUGACAAGAACUUGGUCUUAGCUGCCAGUAUUCUCUCUGAGCUGGCCUCGGAGGAGGACUGA